AUGAUGUCAAUCUCUCACGUUUUGACAUUCUUGUUGCUCUUCUCUUCGGCCUUCUCUUUCACCCCAUGUCCGCUCCUCGGCCCUGCAUUCCCUCCGUUCUCCCUGGACACAAAUGACAAAACUAUUGCAGGUGCCCUGCAAAAACUCACACAGGAGUUUGAUACGCUAGUCAAAACAAACACUGGUGUUCAUGGAGAUAUCUCGGCGAAUACUACGUUUAGCAUCGCCUUGUUCUCGUCCAACGCUGGGAAUGCCGAAGACAAGCUCUUCUUCUGGGAAUAUCACUAUACAGCCCCUACAUUGAACCAGUCUUCAGUGGGAUCCCACAUUGCAGACAAAGACAGUAUUUAUCGCAUUGGUGGUCUCACUGAGGUCUUUACUGUGUGGAGUCUUCUGCUCGCGGGAGAGGGAGACCAGGUCUUAGAUGACCCUGUUACCAAGUAUCUCCCUGAGCUGGUUGACAGCAAAGAAGAACAAGAUAUGGUUGGACCUGUAAAGUGGGACGAUAUUACUGUUGGUCAACUUGCGAGUCAUAUGUCUGGAAUUGCGAGGGAUUAUUGCUCGAAGGAUGUGACUUUGCAAACAAGUUCUGUUGACGCGGGACUACCUCCACACCAGGCUAUCCACAAGCCUUGCUGUGGUGAAUCUAACUGUGAUAGCAGCGAUUUCAUUCGACACCUGGCCAACCAGACCCCCGUGGCUCCAGCUGGGGGAACUCCCAGCUAUUCCAACAUGGCAUUCCAGCUUCUUGGCUACAUAGUGGAAAAGCGCACAGGAAAACCAUUCAGCAAAGUCCUUCAACACGAUAUCUUUGACGUCCUGGGCAUGAAUGAAACUUCAAUCUUCGCUCCAAACAAAGCCACUGCAGGAAUUAUUCCUGUGAGCGAAAAAGCCAGUGGUUGGUUAGCACGUCAAGGAGGAGACAAAGCAUCAAAAUCCCUUUUCUCCAGCAUCAAGGAUCUCGCAACAGCCGGCCAAGCAAUCCUAAACUCAACCCUCCUCAGCAAACCCCAAACAAACCGCUGGUUCAAGCCAGUCUCCCACACCUCCAACCCUGCCAACUCCAUCGGAUCCCCGUGGGUUAUAUACAGCGCCGGCUCAUACCCCAACACAUCCAUGGUGGACAUCUACACAGUUCUCAGCAACGAAGGCAACGACGAGAGCCUCUAUAGCUCAUACCUCGGCCUGGUCCCUGACUUCGGCGUCGGCUUUGCUAUUCUCUCGGCCGACAACGAAACCCCGGCAGAUCUCAACGCGCACGCGGAUAUCAUCGGUGAUGUCGUGCUAGUAGCGUUAAUGAAAACGGCCAUUGAACAGGCAGCCAAGAACUUUGGCGGCGCAUACAAGGCAUCUAAUCUCAAUUCGUCUAUUGCUGUUGAAUACGACGGCUUGCCUGGUUUGUAUAUCCAGGAGUUUGUCAGUAAUGGCACCGACUUUCGCGCAACACUCGCUGGGCUCAUGGGUAUCGCGAAGCCGGCGGAUCUGAGUAUUCGAUUGUAUCCCACACAAAUGGUUGAGGAAUCUGGCUCUGGCUCUAGGCAGGCUUUCAGAGCAGUCUUUCAGGAUACGACUGAGUUGGCGGAUAAUGGAACUCCGACUUGUGUGUCGUGGAUGGAUCUUGACAAGUUCCAAUAUGGAGGCUGUGGCCUGGACGAGUUCAUCUUUUCUCUGGAUCAGAGUGGUCAGGCUGUCAGCGUCGAGAUUCCAGCUUUGCAGGUCUCGCUGAGAAGGAACUAG